GUUAUCAUUACUUGAUUACUGAUGUGAGCUGUAGCAUAUGAUGGUGCUCUAAUUUAAGUGAUUUUACCCCAACACAUUUUAUAACAUAUUAAAAAGUGAGUCGUUGUUGUCUAUUAACCACUUGUUAAAUAGUACUACCUAGCUUUUAAAAAAUACUUUGCAAGUAAUCGAGGUAAAAUGGAUUUAAUGAAGAAUGUUGCAAACACUUCCCAUUUACGUUCUGCAUUUUGCCAAGAGGGUGGUGGUUAUUUAAAAAGAGCUAAUCCAACUAAUCUGACCGACAUAUUCAACAAAUAUGCUUCCGUGGAUAAAAAUGGGGAAAAGUUCAUGUCUCCUGAAGACUUUAUCAUUAAAUAUUUGGGACUGUUCGACGGAAGCAAUUAUAACAAAGAAUCUGUGAAGUUAUUAGCUGCCAUAGUUAACACAAGCAAAACUGGUCUGAUUUCGUAUACGGAAUUUCAAGCAUUCGAAGGACUUCUGUGCUUCCCCGAUGCACUCUACAAAACAGCUUUUCAACUGUUUGACACCAAUGGAAAUGGCGUUGUUAGUUAUAAUGAGUUCGUUGAGGUGAUGCGAAAAACGGAACUUCAUCGAAGAAUCCCGUUCAAUAUGGACUCGCCCUUUAUAGAACUGUAUUUUGGUAAAGAUCGAAAACGACUGAUCAAUUAUGCGGAGUUCAGUCAGUUUCUGCACGAUUUUCAUGAAGAGUAUGCCAUCGAAGGUUUUAGACGAGCGGAUAAAUCGGGUUCAGGUUUUAUUUCUGUUAUGGAUUUUCAGGAUAUCAUGAUCAGCAUCAAAAGUCAUUUAUUAACGAAACAAGUGGCGUCACAUUUGAUUGAGGCAGCGUCUCAUAAUCAAAGUGGAAGCAGGGUCAGUUUUCCUUAUUUUAUAGCAUUUAACUCACUUUUAAAUAACAUGGAAUUAGUAAAACGUAUUUACCUCAACGUUACAAACGGUAACAGGACACAAGAAGUGACCAAAGAGGAAUUCAUGCAUUCUGCACAAUUAAUAUCCCAACUUACCCCUUUUGAAGUAGACAUACUCUAUAAUCUCUGCGACGUAUUGCAUCAAACAGGGAAAAUAGUUUACAACGAUCUCAACGCCAUUGCACCUGAACACUAUUUCAAACAGAUCACGAGAUCUAUAACAAAACUUUCUGCAGUUUCGAGUCCUGAAGACCGAGGUAUAUUUGUUCAAAUUCUGGAAAGUGCUUAUCGCUUUACUUUAGGUUCGGUGGCUGGAGCCGUUGGGGCCACUGCAGUUUACCCUAUCGAUUUAGUAAAAACGAGGAUGCAGAAUCAAAGGUCUGGUUCGCUUGUUGGUGAAUUGAUGUACAGAAACAGUUGGGACUGUUUUAAAAAGGUCAUAAGACAUGAGGGAGCUUUGGGAUUGUACAGAGGACUUGUGCCGCAACUUAUGGGAGUUGCCCCAGAGAAAGCUAUCAAAUUGACGGUUAACGAUUUUGUAAGAGACAAAUUUUACGACAAGAAAGGCAAUAUUGCAUGGUAUGGAGAAGUUAUUGCCGGAGGUUGCGCUGGUGGUUCACAAGUUAUCUUUACUAAUCCUCUGGAAAUUGUUAAAAUCCGUUUGCAAGUAGCUGGAGAAAUAGCUGGAGGACAUAAAGUUCGAGCGUGGCCUGUGGUUAAGGAACUCGGUCUUUUUGGUCUUUACAAGGGAGCUUCAGCGUGCCUCCUACGAGAUGUCCCGUUUAGUGCUAUCUACUUUCCGGUUUACGCUCACACCAAGGCUGGUUUAGCAGACGAGAAUGGUUAUAAUCACCCAUUAACGCUCUUGCUAGCCGGUGCUAUUGCGGGUGUUCCCGCAGCGUCUUUAGUAACUCCAGCCGAUGUAAUCAAGACUAGGUUACAGGUAGUAGCUCGAGCUGGUCAAACUACGUACAGCGGUCUUUGGGAUGCUGCGAAGAAGAUCAACAAAGAAGAGGGAUUUCGAGCAUUCUGGAAGGGAGCAGUAGCUCGAGUAUUUCGUUCUUCUCCCCAGUUUGGUGUGACGUUGUUAACAUAUGAGUUGUUACAACGAUUAUUCUAUAUUGACUUUGGCGGAACGAGACCCACGGGAUCCGAACAAAAAGUACCUGUGGGAAUAGUGGCUGGUCAACCAGUAAAGAAUCCGAACCAUAUAGGAGGAUACGAAGCUGCCAUACCGAUAUUCUCAGGCAUAGAAACGAAAUUUGGAUUAUGUUUACCGAAAUUUCAAGUCCCAAACACGUCCUAAUCGUAAAUAAAAUCAUUAGUUAUUUUUAAAUUGAAGGGCGUCAAGCCACUGUCACCAAUUUGUACAUACCGAUUAAAAAAAUAUCUGCCCAUUUCAAAUCAGGUUCUAAGCACAAACACCAGAUCAGUUUCAGUUACGUAUUUGUAGAAUUUAUCAUGUGCUCGUUAUAAACGUGAUAAAAUAGUGAAAUUAUGCUUGUUGUAAAUAAAAGUUUAUUAAAUAUA